AUGGUUCACAAGGAAUGCACGGAGAGGCUUGUUCUUUCUGGAAGGUAAAUAUAAAACCUGCUUAGUCAUCACGCGCUGCUCUUUAAAUUCUGUUCGAGGCCAACAAAUAUUGAAAGUAUUAACGUUUGUCAUGUCGGAUAAAAACGUUAUAAAUGUGCAAUGCCAAGAUCUGUUUAGUUGUUAGGCCAAGUAACAACUAAUGCCUUUAUUUUUGUGUUAUCGUAUAGUUUCUUUCCUUCAAAAUCGUCAGUCUUAUCACGACGUAACAUUUUUUGGGUAGGCGGACAUGUCCCAUGUACCGUGGUGAUAUCGGUAAUAAUGAUGCUGACCAAGUGGCCGCGGAAAACACGCCACAGCAGAGUGACAGUAAUGGUGACCUGGCGACUGCAGAAAAUACGCCCCAGGAGACUGACAGUAAUGAUGACCUGGCGACUGCGCAAAAUACGCCACAGCAGACUGUUCCCUCUAAAACGUCUUACGUUAACUGGGGUCUAUGUGUUAGAUUGUGGACAAGCACAAAGAGCUGUUUGUCAAGGAAGUUCGAGCGUCAGUCCGUCGAUACAACAUCAGAAGACAGUGAAACAUCAUCGGAAAUUGACGCCUUUUAA